AUGAGCCACCAGGAGGCGCCACACAGCCAGGAGUUGAGAGAGGCACAUGAGUCAGACCUUGAGCGCAGGGGCCCCGAGGGCCAGCAGCCCCCCUCAUCCCACCGUAGACGCCAUGACAAUGGAGAUGGCAGCUCUCGCUCUAAUCGCACCCGCAACCACCACAGCAGCCAUGGUACGGAGAACAACCACCACCAGUCCCUACAGCAGGGGGCCCCGCGCUACCGCAGGUACGAGGGAUCUAACGGAGGGACGAACCGCACACGUGCUCCAAGGAGGCCAGUUGAAGAGGUUGAUACAGAGCAGCAGCAGCCUGUUCAGCAGCCCAUACCGCGACCUGCAGUGACACGUUACCGCAGACAGGGGGACAACGAGGCCCGACUGCGGGCACAGCAGCAGAGACAAAGACAACGGGAGAGACAACAGAGAGAUGCAGAGAGAGCUGAACAGCAAAGACUGGAACAUCAACAGGAGCUUAGUUCCCCAACACAGCCUGUGACUCCCACCAGAGAGCCGGAGGAAGCCGAGGAGGACGAGGGAGAAGGAGGAAGCGCUUUGGCCCGAUCCGCCAGCACCGAGAGUGGCUUCCACAACCACACGGACCGGGCAGAAGGGGAUGCGGUCAUGGCUCUGGAAGCUGAACCAGAGGAUGAAACAACAUAUGGCAUCCCGUUGCGUCCCGAAGCAGAAGAGUACACCGAAAGCGCUGAGUCAGAGCAACAGCACGGUGGUCCAGCUUACCCCCAACCCCAGUACCCACCUCAGCCACCACCGCUUCCUCGAGAGCCCCUGCCCAAUGCCGACAGGUCCCAGAGCCAUGACGCAGAGACACUAAACCCCAACUACUCCAAUUAUGUUUACACUCAGCCAAUGCACCGCAGUCCCACCGGGGAAGGAGAGGCCUGUGAAAGUGGACCAUCAGAAGACGAGCCCUACUCUGAGCCUUAUGCUGAAUACACCCUCCAGGAGCACGUUUAUGAAGAGAUAUCAGACGCCCCUUCAACCAAAGCUGAGGGACAGACUCCACAGCAGCGUAGAGGGGAAUUUAGGCUCUUCGAGCAGGACUUGUUCCAGCAACAAGAGGCUGUUGGUUCCAGGCUCCACCACUACGACGAGCGAUCUGAUGGGGAGUCGGACAGUCCAGAAAAGGAAGCAGAGUUUGCCCCUUACCCCCGUACCGACAGCUGCGAGCAGGACGAAGACAUUGACCAGAUUGUGGCUGAGGUGAAGGAGAGUCUCAGCUCGCAGAGCCUGGGGCGUGUUGCUAUGGGCCUGGACAAGUACGGGGAGGAGGAAGAAGAGUGGCCCGAGUCUGAGCACCAGGCCCAUGGCCAAACAGAGGAGAUCAAACCCCCAGAGACAGAGAUUGAAGGAGAGAGUGGAGAGCAGCCUCUCAAAAGCCCCACAGAAGAGCCAGCUCCAGUGAAGAGCAACUGUGAAAAGAGAGACGCAAUCUCACUGGCUAUUAAGGACAUCAAAGAGGCAAUAGAGGAGGUGAAGACAAGGACAGUUCGCUCGCCUUACACGCCUGAUGAGCCCAAAGAACCCAUCUGGGUAAUGAGGCAGGACCUGAGCCCUACAGCUGAAUCUGACCUGCAACCAUCUCUGGGGGGUGAUUCUCCAGGGUCCGGCUCCACCUCCCCACAGGGUGCGGAGUCAUCCACCCGUCACCUGCCGUCACAUGAUGGGAGUGACAGCUUUGAGUCUCCAUCUCCAGCCAGUAAAGAGUCAAGAAAAAGUCUUGCUUCAUUCCCCACAUAUGUAGAAGUACCAGGACCAUGUGACCCAGAGGACCUCAUUGAUGGUAUUAUAUUUGCUGCUAACUACCUGGGCUCCACCCAGCUGCUCUCAGACAAGACUCCCUCUAAAAACGUCCGCAUGAUGCAGGCUCAAGAGGCUGUGAGUCGCAUUAAGACGGCCCAGAAAUUAGCCAAAAACAGGAAGAAGGCUCCAGAAGGUGAAGCUCAGCCCAUGACAGAGGUGGACCUCUUCAUCUCUACUCAGAGAAUCAAAGUGCUUAAUGCAGACUCACAGGAGACCAUGAUGGAUCAUCCUUUAAGGACCAUCUCCUACAUUGCCGACAUUGGAAACAUCGUGGUUUUAAUGGCCAGAAGGAGAAUGCCUCCCUCUGACUCUCAGGAGAACAUGGAUGCCUCUGACACUGCCCAGGACGAGAAGCGCCAGUACAAGAUGAUCUGUCACGUAUUUGAGUCAGAAGAUGCUCAGCUCAUAGCACAAUCCAUCGGCCAGUCUUUCAGUGUAGCAUACCAAGAGUUCCUGCGUGCCAAUGGCAUCAACCCAGAGGAUCUGAGCCAGAAAGAGUACAGCGACCUCCUUAACACACAGGACAUGUACAACGAUGACCUCAUUCACUUUUCCAAGUCUGAAAACUGCAAAGAUGUUUACAUAGAGAAGCAGAAGGGAGAGAUUCUUGGGGUUGUGAUUGUGGAGUCCGGCUGGGGCUCCAUCCUGCCUACGGUUAUUAUAGCAAACAUGAUGCACGGCGGCCCUGCUGAGAAGUCUGGAAGACUGAACAUUGGGGAUCAGAUUAUGUCCAUCAAUGGCACCAGCCUGGUGGGAUUACCCCUAUCCACCUGCCAGAGUAUUAUCAAGGGAUUGAAGAACCAAUCCAGAAUAAAGCUAAACAUUGUGAGAUGCCCACCUGUGACCACUGUUCUCAUCAGGAGACCAGACCUGAGAUAUCAGCUGGGCUUUAGUGUGCAAAAUGGCAUUAUCUGUAGUCUCAUGAGAGGUGGGAUAGCAGAGCGUGGCGGGGUCCGCGUCGGACACCGGAUCAUUGAAAUCAAUAGCCAGAGUGUUGUGGCUACUCCUCAUGAGAAGAUUGUACACAUUCUGUCAAGUGCAGUUGGUGAGAUUCACAUGAAGACUAUGCCCGCUGCCAUGUACCGCUUGUUAACAGCCCAGGAGCAACCCGUUUACAUCUAAAGCUCCAACGCUUUCUCAAGCCUCCUGCCCUGCUGUCACCAGAUAUAACCUUAAUGUUGAUGUGAAACUCUCAGCCCUGUGGACUGCUGUGAUUGAAUCCACUGAAGCUCAGCUAAACACGGCUCUCCACGAAGCUUCAGUUACUCUUCACUGCCUCCCCUGAUCUCUUCAUCUCUUCUCUUUUCUGUUACUGUGAGUGAGUAUGCUGUGCUGUGUAAUACCUCUCUCUGUGUGCGCUCAGCUUGGUUGGUGAAAGUGAAGGACAUGGUGGAAGGAAACAGAGAGAGAGUGAGGAAGAUGGAAAUGGUGUCCUUCAAAAUACCUAUUAAAACCAAAUUCCUACUCGCCCUGUAUUAACACAACGGUUUUAUGGGUGAUAAAAAAGGACAGCUGUGAGAUAGUGAUUUUUUUUUUUUUUUUUUUUUGCUGUUAUUUAUUUGAAUACAUAAGGUGUUUUUGAUUCAACUGCAAUUUUUAAGGGCAGCUGUUAGUCUGAGAAAUAUAGAGAAUGAAAAUAUGCUUAUGGAGAUUGUCAGUCAUCCAGGGCAUGGCAGAAUGCCUUGUAGAAAUGUAUUCAGAGGAGCAUCUUGACAUGAUUUUCCAUGAUUAAAGACUGUGUGUCAAUCAUACAAGUAGGAUACCUUCAUUAUUUGAAGGAGGGUGCCGAUUUCGUGGUCUUUAAAUUCAUCACAUACAUUGAUAAAAUGUGUUUUGCGUAAAUGUGCUUCAUGUGGUAAUAUCUAAAUUAACUGGUUUUAUUCAAGUCAGAAAUAUUUUAAAAAUUUGAUUACAGUUGCAGGUUUUAACAGUGUACUGCAAUGUCAUCACCCAGAGAUCUUAUAGUACUGAGAUAACAACCUUCGCAGUUCUAUCAUUGGAGAGAGCGUAAUGGCUGUAACGGUCAACUAGCCUUUUACGAAAGUUUGCUGAUGCUAUACCAAUGAAUGGAGAGAGCCGUAAACGGACACCUUCCGGUUGUAAAAUCGUCUGUGUCUUCUCAUAUAAAACAGCAAUUUUAUCAUAGUAAAAUCCACACAUAGUUCACUCCAAAAGGAUUGUUUAGUGUAAAACAUGUUGAAGAUUAGCGGACAGGCGGUUAAUUCAUUAAGUGAUGAGCUGUUUCCUCACAAAAGCAGUUUAUUCAGUGUGGUGAGGCAUCUCAUCCAUAGACAUCCAUUCAAAAAGAACGGCCUCUUGUCUCCUCGCCAGUGUACCGCCAUAGAAGGCUUCGUUAUGCUAAUCUAUGCUAACAUUUUAGGGUUCUCUAUCAGAAGGGCUUUGGUCAUCACCCUGUUGAUCUGAUCAUGAUAAUCAUGAAUUGGGGUGAACAACUUUGAGGUACAUUUCAAACCCACCAACGUAUAACUUUAAAUGCUGGGCAACCUCUAUUCUCUAAACUGGAUGGAUGGCAAAAUGUCUAAAAAUAAAACAUGUCUAGAUGCUUCUGAAUAUAUUCUUAUAAGACAGUAGUGAAGACAGUGACCAAACAAUUUGUGUCAUCUUUGUCCUGGAAAAAUUUAUCUUAAAGGAAUAUUCCUGGUUCAAUACAAGUUAAGCUCAAUCGACAGCAUGGUAUUGAUUACCACAAAAAUACAUUUUGACUCGUCCCUCCUUUUCUUUAAAAAAGCACAAAUCUAGGUUACAGUGAGGCUUCAAAAGGUGAGAAUGUCAAAAUACUCACUGUUUCAAAAGUAAAGCCACAAGACAUAAAUUAUAUGUGUGUAAACAUGAUUUUAGUGUCAUAAAAUCACUUACUAACCUUUUCUGUGUAAAGUUAUAGCCAAUUUUACAACUUUGUUACUAUGACGAUGCAGUGUCAACAAACACUAAAACGACUGUAAAAUUUACAGUUUAAACAACAAAACUAAUACAUCUUUUAACAGAAGAAUUAAUGUAAAUUUUAUAUAAUUAUAAAAUUAUAAGCGUCACAUUUCUGCCUUUAAACCCUCCAAAAAUUGGCCCCAUUCACUGUCAUUGUAAGUGCCUCACUAUAACCUCGAUGUUUGCUUUUUUUUAAAGAAAAGGAGGGACGAGUCUAAAUAAAUUUGUGUGGUAAUCAACAUUAUUCCACAAAUGCUGUCGAUUGAGCUUAACUUGUAUUGAACCUGGAAUAUUCCUUUAAGAGCAGUUCCUGUCAAAAUGAUAAAAUGUCCUUUUCAGUGCAAAUACACAAUUGCAAUAUUCAUAUAGUUUAUCAAGGAGUUUAUGAAUAGUAUAUAGCACAUAUAAAAUGUGUAUGAAAUGCCUUACAGAAUGAUGAUGCCAUAUUUUGAAAGAUUUGGGAUUUUUGAGUCUUAAAAAUGCUGAAAUUAAAUUUUGGAGUGAGUGAAGAUCUCAGAAUACUUUCCUUACGUGGAACACUGUUAGGAACUUUUUGGGCUUAACAAGUGAACCUCUUUAAAUCAAAACAAAACCACUUAUUAGAGUCAGAAGCAUCCUAAAAAUGAACCAUCAUGUUUGCUGUGUUUUACUGCUUUUUUCAAGCUAUUGUUUGACAUUGACGUGCAAUAUUUUAUUUGUUGUAAAUGACUGCAUUCCAUUUUAUAUGCACAGAAAACUUUUUUUUUGUCUUAAUAAUCAUCUGUAUAUGAAAUAAUGUUGCUCAUAUUGGUAGCAUUUUAUUUUAAAUAAUUCAUACUUGAAAAACAUUAUGUGAAGAAACAUAAGGGGAUAUAAAUCUUUUAACACUUUCAGGCUGGACAUGAAUUUCAUUCUGGAAUCAAGUGAUUUAUCUUUCUUUUUUUACCUCGUCAUACACUAUGAAGUCUUUGCAGUCUUUUUUUAUCAACUCAAUGUUUAAUUCAUGUGUGCUACUUUUCCACUCAUUAUUUAAGAACAGAAUGUGUCUACACAAAACUGUAUUAACUCUCAGUUUACUGCAUUGAGGUGGAUUCCCAGGCGAUUUAAUGUGUAUAACUCCACUUUGAGUACUGAUCCAUGUACUAUUUUUAAGGGAGUACCUCAACGUGAACCAAUGCAAGGCAGACUUCAUUAUAAAGACUGCAGCCAGGCACUUGCCCUCCCAGACAAACCUUUUCCACAUGAUAGCAUAGUUGUUUGUGCAAGAACUGACCAAUGUUUGACCCACAGCAUGCUUUGGCACAUCUCCAUUACUGCCUAUUAGAGACAGACUGUAAGUCUGGUAAAUAUUACAUUAUAAAUGUGAUUUUGUAUCUAAAGAGAUCCGAGGAACAGAACGUUUUACGAGAAGCUUGGUGCAAAAAGAACAAAAUAUCCACUUUGCCCCAUUUUACCAUCAAGUGUACUUGCGCUUGCACGUGUGCUGCCUGGAAUUCCACACAUGCAUCUUUUGUCACCAGACAGAUGAUACAGCAGUAUAGAUGGUCACAAUAUGUUGACAUUACUGCAGUGUUAAAUGUAAAAGAAAUAUUGUGAUCAAUUUUAUUGCUAUGUAUUGACGGGAUUAUGGCUCUUUUAGAGAUUAUCCCUUGCCUCUAAGUAAAAGUACUUCUUAAAUACAUGUUGCAUUAAAUGGUGAGUUUUACCCCCGAAUCACAAUCUGACCUCAUUAACACUGUAUGAUUUUACUAACUGAAACAAAAGUCAUUAACACACAUAGAGGGACUCAUGUUUCAGUUUGUUUUUUGCUUUACGUGAAGCAUGGUCUUUUGGUAUGCAUUGCUAUUUAUUCUUGUAGUGAGUGUGAAGUGUGAUUACAAAUGAUUCCAUUAUAAAAUAAAAACCAGCUAGACACUUUCAUCAUAUAUAUUUAUUUACAUAUAGCAUAAUAUAUACUGUAUAUCCAAUGAGUAUAUACCAUGUGAACAAUAAUGAAGGUAAAUUGUGCAAAAGUCUUUGACACCUGUUGUCCUAGUAUUUAAUAUUUACUAAUAUUUCUUUAAAGGGUCAUCAUGUAUACUUGAAUAAAUUCUGAAGGCUGAAUAAUA